GCGCGUAAGGGGGUGGUGCGUGUGAGGUCAUCGCGCGGGCGGGCGGGCGGGGUCAGGCGGUUUGAACGAGACGAAGACGGAACCGGAGCCGGGUACGGGCGGCGGACGCGGUGCAACCGAGAGCCGAAGAUGGCAGUGAACGUGUACUCAACGUCGGUCACCAGUGAUAACCUCAGUCGACAUGACAUGCUGGCCUGGAUCAAUGAGUCUCUGCAGUUGAAUCUGACAAAGAUCGAACAGUUGUGCUCAGGGGCUGCCUAUUGUCAGUUUAUGGACAUGUUGUUCCCUGGCUCCAUUGCCUUGAAGAAAGUGAAAUUCCAAGCUAAGCUAGAACAUGAAUACAUCCAGAACUUCAAAAUACUACAAGCAGGUUUUAAGAGGAUGGGUGUUGACAAAAUAAUUCCUGUGGACAAAUUAGUAAAAGGAAAGUUUCAGGACAAUUUUGAAUUUGUUCAGUGGUUCAAGAAGUUUUUUGAUGCAAACUAUGAUGGAAAAGAGUAUGACCCUGUGGCUGCCAGACAAGGUCAAGAAACUGCGGUGGCCCCCUCCCUUGUUGCUCCCGCUCUGAACAAACCGAAGAAACCUCUCAGCUCUAGCAGUGCAGAUGAUAGUCCCGUCCACCCCAGCGGAAAAAAGACCACACCAAAAGACUUAUUGCCAGCACGAAAGAUCAUGGCUAAAAUUGCUCCACAGAGGCCCAUUACAACACACAGAACUACUGCAACCCCUAAGGCUGGCCCGGGUGUGGUGCGGAAGAAUCCCGGUGUAGGGAAUGGAGAUGACGAAGCAGCUGAAUUGAUGCAGCAGGUCAAUGUAUUGAAGCUGACUGUGGAAGACUUGGAGAAGGAGAGAGACUUCUAUUUUGGAAAGCUGAGGAACAUUGAGUUGAUUUGCCAGGAGAACGAGGGGGAGAACAACCCUGUGCUGCAGAGGAUCGUGGACAUUCUCUACGCCACAGACGAAGGCUUCGUGAUACCUGAUGAAGGGGGCCCACAGGAGGAACAGGAAGAGUAUUAAUAGCCUGGACCAGCCAAGCAACAUCUGAAUUCUUCACUCCAAAUCAUGUGCUUAACUGUAAAAUACUCCCUUUUAUUAUUCUUAGAGGACUCACUGGUUUCUUUUCAUAAGCAAAAGUACCUCUUCUAAAAGUGCACUUUGCAGAAGUUUCACUCCUUUUCCAAUAAGUUUGAGUUAGGAGCGUUUACCUUGUAGCAGAGCAGUAUUAACAUCUAGUUGUUCACCCAGGGAACAAAGAGGCUGACCAUGGGGCUCACUUUGUGGAUGCUGGUAGCACUGAUAGCUGGAGAAGGUGGAGACCUCAGUAGAGAAAUGUAAAGACUGAUUUGAAUUUUAAGUUAAUGUGAAAUCUUGGCAGAGAACGUUUUAAUAAAUAAAUGCCUUAAGAGUAUUUAAAAGAUGCUUCCAUAUUUCAAAAUAUAAAAUGUGUGUUUGACAUUGUGUCUGGGAAGGAAGGGCUGGAACCUGGAGCCUUUGGGACCUGCUGUUCCCAGCCUUCGCAGGACUGCUUGAUCCUCAUAAGCCCAGACGUUGGCCCAAAAGCAAAAUUUGAAAAGUUAUUUCGUAAGCCAUUUUGAUGUCCUUAACCAAUAGCAUGCCUGCUAAGAAGCAAGAGGCACUGUUGCCUGGAUGAAUAGAGGGUGUGUUUCAGGCCUGAGAGGUCUGAGUCAAAGAGCUUGAUUUUCAUUGAGCAUUUCUCUGGUGAUUUUUCCAGUUAUCCCUGAUAAUUCUGUGUACUGUGUGUGUUUUUUUUUUUUUUUUUUUGAAAUGAGGUGUGUCCAGUUUUUAAACCUAACAACUGCUUUUGGGGACUUGCCCACAUCUCUGGGAUUUGAAUGGGGGCUGUGUCCCAUUUUACUGUCUUUUAAGUUUACAUUUAACACGUUCCUCUUCUCUGCUCCCCUUGCCCACUGGGGACUCCUCUUUGGCUCCUUAAAAUUUGCUGCUUAGAGUGGAAGUUCAGCAGGCAGGUGAUCAUACUGCAAGUUCUUUUUGGACCUCUGGCAAAGGGAGUGAUCAGUGAAGGCCACCACUCCCUUGGGAUCUGCAAGGCCGGGUGUUUUCGGUACCUGCUGUCCACAGCCCUCCACUGUUAUCGGAAUACUUUGCCAGUGCACUAAUCUCUUUGGAGAUAAAAAUGUUAGCGUGUUACUAAAUGUUAAUUUUCUUUUGCAGAAAAUAUAGUACCAUGUCUGAAUUAAUUAUUAAUAUUUAAAAUAUUUCAUUCCUUAGCUCUCUCAUUUGCUUUGCUCACAGCCGACUCAUUUCCUUUGUUUGGCAGAAUUCUGCAACGUGUGUGUCACCCACUACUGAGAUUGUUCAGCCCCUGAUGUAUUUGUAUUGAUUUGUUUCUGGUGGUAGCUUGUCCUGAAAUGUGUGUAGCAAGCAGGUAUUUUAUGAUAAAAUUGUUGUGUAGUGCAUGCUCUGUGUGGAAUUCAGAGGAAAACCCAGAUUCAGUGAUUAACAAUGCCAAAAAAUGCAAGUAACUAGCCAUUGUUCAAACAACAGUGGUGCUGUUUCUCUUUUGUGGCCUUUUAGACUUCUGUUGCCCUAAAAUUCCAUUUUGUUGGGAACCCAUUUUCCACCUGGUCUUUCUUGACAGGGUUUUUUUCUACUUUUAAACAGUUUCUAAAUAAAAUUCUGUAUUUCAA